AUGAGAAGAGUUCGGGCAUCUGGUGCUAUCAAUCUUCAUCCUGGGUCUUUGAAGCUUUUUGCUUGGACCAAAGACUUCAAUCCUUCUUUACAAAGUAACACUUCGGCGCAGGUAUGGGUCAGGUUUUUUGGUUUAUCUCAGGAGUACUGGAGGCCGAGAAUCCUCUUUGCUAUUGCCAGCUGCAUAGGGACUCCCAUUUGCAUCGAUGCAGCGUCGUCCAAAUCACGUAUCGACCGAACUUUUGGGCAGUAUGUUAGGGUACUUAUAGACAUGGAUUUGACUAAGCCUCUGAACCAUAAUGUGUUGGUAGAACGUGCUGGUUUCGCUUUUUUUGCAGAUAUUGAAUAUGAAAACAUUCCUCAGUUUUGUGAGCAUUGCAGGAAGCUAGGACAUGCUGUGCAAGAUUGUAAAUUACUGCAGAAGCAAGUCGGACCUCAAGUUCCUAAGACCAAAGUUUCUUAUGUUCCGAAAUCAAAGCCUAAUGACAUUGUGGCCGACAAGUGCGAUACUGUGGUUGAGGAGGUGGUACCAAAAGAUCCUUUGGUUGUUCCCGCGGCACCUAUCCUGGUACCAAACCCUAUGAACUUUAUUUCUCAGCCCCUUGAGGAUUCAGGUACUCAAUUCUCUGAGUUUGUAGGACCUACUCAACUUUCUGUGGAUAGAGGAAAGUCUGUCCAGAAUGAGGAUGCUAUAUUAAUGCAUAAUUCCUGGGCUGAUCUUGUUGAUCUUGAAGAAGAGCCAGUCCUUGAUGGUGCUUUCACUAAUGCGAUAUCCAUCCUCAAAAAGAAACAAGCAGCUAGAAACAAAUCAAAAUCUCUCAAUAGGUCUCAAGCAGGACCAGCUCUGUCAUUCUCAUGA